AUGGAUCAUACUGCAGCUGUACAAGAAAUCUCAGCAAGGGUAGCUGACUUCCACAGUCGCCAGCAACCAUUUCGUAUAUAUCAUGGUGCUACCAACAGUACUCGGCCCUCCAACCGAUCUCUCUCCAACACCGUCAGCACAGAACCUCUCACGCGGGUCCUCGAAGUCGAUACCAACCGAUGUACAGCUAUAGUCGAGCCCAAUGUCUGUAUGGAUGCUCUGGUGGCUGCCACCAAGGCCUACGGCCUGGUGCCUUUGGUCGUUGUCGAGUUCCCCAACAUCUCGGUUGGAGGUGGAUUCUCAGGCACAUCAGGGGAGAGUAGCUCUUUCCGUGAGGGAUUUUUCGAUCACACAGUCAAUUGGAUUGAAAUGGUCCUAGCAGAUGGCCAGGUGGUUAAGGCAUAUAACGAUCGUGUCGAGACGGGAUCGGGACCGGAACCGGCGGAUAAGCACUCGGACUUGUUUUGGGGCACGGCAUCUUCCUUCGGAACGUUGGGAGUAGUCACUCUAUUGGAAAUUCGAUUGAAAAAGUCACAGCCAUUGGUGGAACUGAAAUACUAUGUCAAUUCCAACAUGAACGACGCGGUGCGUGCCUUUGAAGAGGCUAGCGCUGAUCCAACCACUGAAUAUCUGGAUGGAAUCGUCUAUGCACGGGAUAAGAUCGUCGUUUGUGCUGGAAAACAAGUUGAGCAAAGUUCCAAUGUAAAGCCGAGAUGCUUUACUCGCCGACAAGAUGAUUGGUUCUAUUUGCAUGUCGAACGAAUUGCUCAAUCCAAGAUCUCCAGCAUCUCCGACCAAGAGAGUUCUCCUCGCAUGCCAGAUGCAGUGGACUUCAUUCCUCUGACUGACUACCUCUUCCGUUAUGACCGGGGUGGUUUCUGGGUUGCCCGUUAUGCAUUCCGCUACUUCUGUACUCCAUUCAUCUCCCUUACACGCUGGGUUCUCAACCGAUUUAUGCACACCAAGGUGAUGUAUCAUGCCUUGCAUGUCAGCGGACUUGGGCGACAAUAUAUCAUCCAAGAUGUUGGUGUACCAAUAUCCACUGCUGCCGAGUUCUUGGACUGGCUGGACCGCCCUGAAAACUUUGGACAAUAUCCGCUUUGGCUCUGUCCGCUGCCACCAGGAAGUGCCGGUGGGUUGGAAGGACAGUCGACAAAUGAUGGCAAAGGACAACUCCUCAAUUUUGGAAUUUGGGGGCCUGCCAUUACUACGGAUCCGACCGGCUUCGUGGCUCAAAACAGAAAGCUUGAACACAAGGUCCACAGUCUUGGAGGAAAGAAAUGGCUAUAUGCACAUACUUACUAUACAGAGGACGAGUUCUGGGCCAUCUAUAACAAGCCAGCGUAUGAUUCUCUACGGGCCAAAUACCACGCACAGCAUCUUCCAUCCCUGUAUGAAAAGGUCCGCGUGCAUGAAUCCGAUCUCCCUGGUCCGCAUCGGGGAGAGUUCGAGAGUGGCUGGAAGGGAACAGUCAAACGUGCCCUUUGGGACGUCUGGCCAUUUUGUGGUCUUUACGGAGUUUACAAGGCUUGGAGAGGAGGAGACUAUCUGUUACAAAAAGAGUCUCCCAAGAAAAAGGUCGAUUGA